GGAACGGUCCAUGUAACCUUAGUCUUAGAGCUGGAAAAAAAUUAAAUAUAAUUUUGUGUACACAUGUAAGAAUCCAUUAUUUGUGCAGCAGCUGUGGCGGAAGGAUUAAGUGGAAAUACAACAUAUUUACAUACAUACAUAUAAGUGUAUUGAAUAGUGGAGCAUUGAAUUGAAUAAUGGCUCAUCGGGGCUUGCUGAUUGCUGAUUUGGUUACGAAUAAGUCGCAAUGUGGUUAACAAAUCCUAAAUUAGGCAUACCAAGUCCCAGUGUAAUUAAGUGAAGAAAAGUGUAUGGUAUAACCUUAAAGCGAGAGAAGGAGGAGAAAAUAUCGAAGAAAAAAUAUUUGUCAAAUUACAAGCAGUAAAGUGCAUUUAAUAAAAUUCAAUUAUACAAGAAAUUGCAUAAUUUCCUUGGCGACAAUGUUACAGCUACUACAUUAAUCUCAGCAAAAGCAAAGUUGUUACCUAUCCCUGAAAUCAAUUGUAACUAGGAGUCGCUCAAGUUCCACUCUCUUGCCAACAAUAUAAUGCAUCGUUAUCCUUGUGAGGGUUCAACAACGCACCGAUAGCAUGACCCGGGACGGAGAGAUACCCGCCAUCUUUAACCCGAAACGGGUACGCGCACCAUCCGUCGUCGUGACCGGUGACUCUCCGAAUGGUCCGUAUGGGGGCUUUAGUAAUGCGCUCAACGCAAGCAAUCCACAAAUCGCCCACCAAGACUCAAUUUCUUCGAGUCAACAAGAUCCUAGUGAGGUUAUAACAAUACAUCCAGACACACGGGAUGCUACGACACCAGUCGGUACGCAUCAAGGUUUGCGGCGUGCACUCGGCGCUGGUGGUGGGAGUUUUGUUGGUAGUUGUGGCAUAAGUGGCGUAGGUGGUCUUACUGGUGGUAUAAAUGAACCGGAUACACCGACAAUGGAGGCAGGACCAGAUGUCACUGAAGUACGUUUCCGUCGACUGAAAGCUUGUAGGGAGACGUGUUGUUCGGAACUUGCGAGAAAGAUGUAUUUUGGUGUUUGCGUCACCAUACUCGUCACCGCUUCAUGGGUUGGCGCAACGCAUUGCAUCAAAUUUCUUUACCUAAAUCGCAGCACCUACGCCAGUAUUACUACAGAGGACUUCGACAGCACAUCAAAUCGCGCCAUUGAAUUGGAUUUGGUCACAAAUAUUGACGAUGAUGAUCCCAAACAUCUGCUAGGUAUCAGUGAUAAUUCAUUAAGCGCCUCUGAGGUGGAGGAGGCUAAAAAAUUUCUGCAAGUCGCACCACCAACACUACCAGAGACAACCGUAUUUCGCGCGCCUUUCUUCGCAGCGUGGUUCUUCACGAAUUUUUCAUUUCUAUUUUUCCCCAUUUAUGUGCUGGGGCGCGUAUCAUUGCGCAAGUGCGACAAGCCAGGCGAAAUUUUGGGUGAUGUUUUGCGAGGUUUCCGCGAUCGUGGCUUCACAAUCGGUCGUUUUCUAAAUCGCUGCCUCUCCUUCUGCAUCCUCUGGCUGGUGACCACCUACCUAUAUACCAUGUCUCUGCGCGUACUUUUCGCCACCGAUGCCAUGGCGCUAUUCGCAACCAAUGUCGCUUGUGUCUAUCUGCUUUCAUGGGUCAUUCUUCAUGAACAAUUUGUCGGUGUACGGAUUGUUGCGGUCAUUUUAUGCGACACCGGCAUUGCGCUGCUUGCAUACAUGGAUGGCAUUACGGAAAGUCGCACGCUGAGCGGUGUUGUGCUGGCAACGCUGGGCGCUGCCGGUUACGCAGUCUUCAGGGUUAUGUUCCGCAAAGUGAUGGGCGAUCCACCGAUUGGCCAGAUUGCAUUUGCCUUUACUACGCUUGGAUUUCUCAAUGCGUUACUGUUGUGGCCCGUUUGCGUGGGACUCUACUUGGCUGGCUAUGAGAGUAUGCCGUCAGAUCGUAUGCCAUGGAUUAUUUUACUAAUUGCCAGUAUAUUGUUAUUGGUUUUUCACAUAUUAAUGCAAUUCAGCGCAGCGGUCACUUAUAAUAUGUUUGUAACGCUCGGUUUGAUAACAGCAGUACCAGUUUCUGGAGCUUUGGAUGUUGUUCUCUAUGGCGCUACUUUCGCGGGAAUGAAAUUAGCUGGCGUCAUUCUAAUUGCUGUUGGCUUUUUCCUAGUUAUGUUCCCCGAAAACUGGCCGGACUACAUCACACGCUUGCUAAGAAAGAGUGGUCGUGCUAUACUGCGUUACCAAUGUUGUUGUGAAUUAGCUGAAAUUCAUUAUCCCCAUGCGAAAUAUCAUCUUGUUGGGUCACAAUGCGAGCCGCCCGGCGUUUUGUAGAAGAGAUGUUGUGGUCGCAUCACCCACCACAAGAUAGGCGGUGACACACACGGCCACGCUCCUCACAAUCAUGCGUCAAUUCUUAAAAGGCAAAUAAUGUCAGAACACAAAUGUCAAAUGAGCGCACAGCACAAUUGCACAGAAUUCACCAUUCGUAAACGUAAGAAGUUCAUCUCACUGUACGUAAGAACUUAUGUAAAUAAACACAAAAACAAAAAGUGGCUUAAAUAAAAGCCAUAACUGUUGUAAACGUAAACGCGCAGGCAAACGUAAAUCGUAAACGUAACUGUAAUGUAGCCGCUGCCCGCUGCUUUGGUAAGUACCCAAGUGCUAUAUACACCUACUACUUACUGUACAGCGUUUAAGCUGCCAAUCGUCGCUUAAGCAUCGUCAAAGUGAUCGAAGAAUGUACUCGUUAAAAAGUUCAUACGAAUCGUUCAUCGUUAAAGCAUCGAAUAGCUUACUUAGAGCUCUUUUGAAGAGAAUAGCAGAAUUACAAUUUUUUGUUUUUAAUUUCAGAGCAGAAUUUUAACAUAUUAAAAAAAAACUAAAAACUAAAUCUGAUUUCCUGCUAGGAAUGGCAACGCUACGAAUAUGAAUUUCUUUAUAACCACUAUCUUAUUAAGUUCUUCUUUUAAUUUUUUGCUUAAUAGGUACAUAUUGUACUUGCA